UUUUUUUUUUUUGGAAGCAAUGUUUUCAACUUUAUGUAAAAGAUUAAAUUCAACAUUAAUAAGAGGCUCUACCUCUUCAAUUAUUAAGCAGCCCCUUCAAAAUAUUUCACGUCAAAUUCAAACCGCUGCAACAACUGAUUCACAAACAGCUAUUCAAAAACUUCGCGAUCAACUUCGCUAUUAUGCCAUUGCAGAGAUUGCAGGUCGACCUUAUUUGAUCACCAAGAAUGAUAAGGUUAUUGUUAAUCGCCUAAAGGAUGUUAAAGUUGGAGAUGUUUUAAAGUUAGAUAAAGUUAGUGAGAUUGGAUCAAAGGAUUAUACUUUAAAGGGGUCACCUUAUAUUCCCGAGUCAGUGUUUAACAUUAAUGCUACAGUUAUUGAACAUACAAAGAGUAAAAUGAUCCAAAUCCCGUAUGUUUUAACUCGAUUAUCACAUAUUUCAAAUAGUAUUUUAGAUAACCGUUCACUUCAACGUUUAAAGAAUAUUGUAUUUAUUUUGGUUUUAUUGAAUUAUUGGUUAAAAAUAUAUAACAAAGUCUUGAUUGGUGGUCCUAGAAGAGCAUUUAAAGAGUUUAAAGCUUAUAUUCUUGCACUUGUAUUUAAACAAUUGCGUCGUUUACCUUCUGUUCAGGAAAAGAUCAAUAAAGAACUUCAAACAACUUUAGCCAGUAUGGAACAUUCAUUAUUAGAAAAGGAAGCCGGCUGUGAAUCGCAUUUAACUUUACCUGCAAAGGGUUUAACAGAGGAGCAAGUUAUGGAACAAUUAAAAAAACUCCAGAAACUUAAGGCUGCAGAUUGGGCAGGAGGUAAAGUGUCUGGUUCUAUUUAUCAUGGUGGUGAAGACCUUACCAGAAUCCUUGCUGAAGCUUACAAAAUAUUUGCGGUUGCAAACCCUCUUCAUCCUGAAAUUUUUCCUGGCAUUCGACGUAUGGAAGCAGAAUCUGUUGCUAUGGUUUUAUCCAUGUAUAAUGCACCUGCUACAGGAUGUGGUACCAUGACAAGUGGAGGUACAGAAAGUAUUUUAAUGGCUUGCAAGACUUAUCGUGAUAUGUAUAAAGAUGUGAAGGGCAUCCACUAUCCUGAAAUGGUUGUACCAGAUACUAUUCAUGCUGCAUUUAUGAAAGCAGCUGGUUAUUUUAAGAUUAAAUUGAUUACAGUACCUAUUGACCCUGUUACACUCAAAGUAGAUAUCAAGAAAGUUGAACGAGCCAUUACAAAAAAUACAGUCAUGGUAAGUUAUUAUGGAUGCCUACUAAAUAUAGAAAAAAAAACAAUCGUGUUUAUUUUAUUUUAUUCCAAGAUUGCAGGUUCUGCUGUUAAUUUCCCUCAUGGUAUUGCAGAUGAUAUUGUUGCAUUAGGCAAAUUAGCCAAGAAAUAUAAUAUUGGUCUUCAUGUUGAUUGCUGUCUUGGUAGUUUUAUCAUGCCCUUCUUGGAAAAAGCAGGUUUCCCGACAACACCUUUUGACUUUAGAGUUGAAGGAGUUACAUCCAUCUCAUGUGAUACUCAUAAAUAUGGCUUUGCCGCUAAAGGUUCCUCUGUUAUCAUGUAUCGAUCUGCAGAGAUUAGAAAGUAUCAAUAUUUCCUUUAUUCACAAUGGACUGGAGGUAUUUAUGCCUCUCCUAGUAUCGCCGGUUCACGUCCAGGUGCUUUGAUUGCUGGUUGUUGGGCAGCUCUUAUGCACAUGGGUGAAGAUGGCUAUCUGAAAGCAUGUAAAGAUAUCAUUGGUGCUCGUCAAAUUAUGGAAGCUGGUGUUCGAUCCAUCCCACAACUUCAUGUCAAGGGUCAACCUAUUGGCCCCGUUCUUGCCUUUGGAGCUAAUGAGCCACUCAAUAUUUAUGAUGUUGGUGAUAAAAUGGCUGCUCGUGGUUGGAGUUUAAGUGCUCUUCAAAAUCCCUCAGGUCUUCAUGUCUCUGUUACCUUACCUUGGGUCCAAAGUGCAGAACUAUUCGUAAAAGAUCUUAAAGAGUGCGUACAAGGACUUGUAGAAGAUCCAUCAAGUGGCCAUGGAUCUACUGCUGCUAUCUAUGGUACAGCUGCCAGUGUUCCUGAUAAGACCAUUGUUGAUGAUGUAGCUGCAGGAUUUUUAGAUCUUUUAUAUAAGGCUUAAAAAAAAUGAAAAAAAAAAAGCUGUCCAUUAGCAUUUCAAUUACUAUCUAUUUAUUUUUAUUCUAUGUAUGUGUUAAAUGU